AUGGGACACCACAAGUCCUCGUCCAAACUCAUGCUAGAGUGGGACCUGCGUCCAACGGACAGUAUCGCCGUCCGGUUGCUCCACGGCAUGCGGAGAGACCUCAGGAAUACAAACACGGAAGAUCUGUCUGCAAACGCGACCAGCCAGAGGGAGGAAGACGAGAAGGAUACGGCUGCAGUGGGCGAGCUGGAUAAGGAGUUGAACAUGAUGACUGAUAGGGCACUUCUGCAUUCUGCCAGAGUACUUCAAGAAGAGUUCAGGCAAGGAAUACGCUCGUACACCGACGUGGUCAUCCAGUGA